AUGGGAAAAGAUGUCAUGCCCCCGGAUGGGUGGGCUGAGGCAAUCAAGCAAUUUUCCCGGAGUGCCGUCAGGGAAGGAGAACGGUUGAAGAGCGAACUGCUGCAAGUUUGGUCCUCCUUCCAGAGCCAGCGCGAGCCUUUCGUCCGCAACGGCGGCAAAAUCAAAACAUCCUCCCAACUUUACCAAUGGCUGGGACGGGACCUUCUUCACGUGGAGUCGGCGCUGAUUCAGGUUGUCGGUCAACUCCAAAUCAACCCCUGCAUCUGCUGCCUCCGAGGCAACGGCCCAUGGGCACUUUGCGUCAAACUACCCGGAGGUGAUGGGACCCGUUAUGGAUGCGCAAAUUGCCACGAGGCAAAUCGGGAAUGCACGACAGACGCAACCGUCCGGUUCAAUCAACGAGCACCACAAACCACAUCCACACAGGUGAACCCCGGCGAGAGAGAUGCGGACAGCGGUAAUGAUGCAGUACUUUCCCCAGUACGGGAAACUCAUGAGCUUGUGGCACUACAGCAUGCCCUGACCAGCCAGUUAACAAUCGUACAUGAGGUGGACCGCGUUGUGGAUGCCCGUAUCCGUGAGAUUGAAAUCACGAUUGCGCGGCUUGGCCAAGGCCGUAUGGCUGGUAACAUUCGGCCAGAGGAUGUCGACCAUCUCCAGGGGCAAUACAGACAGUUGAUGGUCGCCAUGCAGCAGCAGGCCCGUGAGCGCGUCCGCCGUGAGGACUGCGUAAACGACUUGGCAGACAUGAUGGACAUCAUGCUCUUCCGCUGGUAA